CCCUUCCUGUUUUUCUCAUCUCAUAAAUCUGUCCUUUCAACCACAUUUCAUUUUCUGGAUUAAUGUGGCAACACAAGAUUGAACCCAUCAUAUUCUCCUCUUCAAUACUUAAUGUUCACAGCUCUCCACCUGCGUAACUGAGUCACCAUUGUUGUUAGCCACACUACUUAAUGUCCUCUGCCCCUUCCAGCCCACCAAGUUGCAGAAAUUAGUAACUCUCAAACAACCCUUCUAAGUGUCAACCACUUCUCUCUCUCUCUCUCUCUCUCUUGCCAAGAUGAGCUUCCAAGGUGCGCUCUGUGACAAUGCCAAAGAAGAGAAAAAGAAGGAUUCAGAAGAUGAAAAAGAAGAAGAAGAAGAACAGAAGCAGCAGAAAAUCCAUAAAGUUCCAUUCCUGAAGCUUUUUGCGUUUGCAGACUUACAGGAUUACAUAUUAAUGUUCAUAGGAUCCAUUGGUGCUUGUAUUCAUGGAGUUUCAGUUCCUGUUUUCUUCAUUUUCUUUGGUAAACUUAUAAACAUCAUAGGCAUUGCUUACCUAUUCCCAGCCUCUGUUUCACAUAAAGUAGCCAAGUACUCGUUGGAUUUCGUCUAUCUAAGCAUUGUUGUGAUGUUCUCUUCAUGGGUUGAGGUUGCUUGUUGGAUGCAUACCGGAGAGCGGCAAGCGGCGAAGAUGAGAUUAGCGUAUUUGAAAUCGAUGUUGAAUCAAGAUAUCAGCCUCUUUGACACUGAAGCUUCCACUGGAGAAGUGAUCUCUGCAAUCACCAGUGAUAUAAUUGUAGUUCAAGAUGCCAUCUCUGAGAAGGUGGGGAAUUUCUUGCACUACAUAAGCCGUUUUAUAUCAGGUUUUGCAAUUGGGUUCUCUCAAGUUUGGCAGAUCAGUCUUGUCACCCUAUCUAUAGUCCCCCUAAUUGCCAUUGCUGGUGGUAUCUAUGCUUAUGUAGCAACUGGUCUUAUUGCUAGAGUGAGGAAAUCCUACGUCAAGGCUGGUGAAAUUGCAGAAGAGGCUAUUGCCAACGUUCGAACGGUCCAAGCAUUUGUUGGAGAAGAGAAGGCGGUAUUAUCGUACAAGAUGGCUCUCAAAAAAACUUAUGAGUAUGGGAAGAAGGGAGGACUAGCCAAGGGUGUUGGACUUGGUUCUCUGCACUGUGUUCUCUUCUUGUCAUGGUCACUUCUCACAUGGUUCACUAGCGUUGUCGUCCACAAGGAGAUAGCAGAUGGUGGAAAAUCCUUCACCACCAUGCUUAAUGUCAUUAUAGCCGGACUGUAAGCCCUGUAAAUCACUGCUCUUUAGAAAAAUUUUGCCCCAUUUGUAUGGGGAAUUUCUUUUGUAAAGUUUUGUCAAAGAUCUCUGCUUCUAGGCUGAAUACUCUCCUUCUAAGAUUAAUUUCUGAAGAUCAGGGUACGUUCCAGAAGGGUAAGAUCAUCUCAACUAACAUCAGUCU